AUGCCUUCAAGCAAAGACCCGUGGGAUUGGAAAGUUGACGAGAUUGUCAAAUUCCUCUGCCAUGACGAGCCCGGUGACUGGUCAUACAAUUUGGCUUGCCCGGAUCUCGUGGUUCUGGAAAUCUCUCUCCGAGAAAAUUCCGUCUCAGGCUUGAUGUUCCUCGCGAUCACAAACGACGAUGUGAAAGACCUUGGCAUAAAGGUUAUUGCCCAACGCCAUUAUAUCCUAAAAGCCAGUAAAUGGUUACAGCGACGAUCGCCGAAAUACCAAUUGGACCAGCAACAGCAGCAACAGCCUCCUCUCAAUCCCCCCAAAGCACUUCUCAACGAAGAGCGACUUUCACCAAAACACAUCGAUGAUCCCACCGACGCCAGCCCUCUUGUGAAUGCUCCCGUUAACCCCAGCACCUCUCUUGAUGGUUCCUCCAACCCCACCCCUCUUCUCGAUACGUUUUCACAGGCUCAAAUAGAGGAAAAGAAACCUCGCCGGAUGGAAACCACUAUCAUCGAGCGACAACCAACGUCUUCUCUCCUUGAGACACAUUCAUCUCAUUCACUACCUGCUCCGAAUUCCUCCUUUGGGAACGAUGACUUCUUUGAUCAUCUUGUGAAGAGUUAUCCCCCAAACGAUGCUGAUGUUCUCUCACUUCUUGGAGAUUCCACCUCCGAUAGUGAAUAUGAUACAGAGACUCGGGAGGAAAUGGAAGAGGAUGAGGGACAAUCCUACCCGGGGACCCCCCCGGAUGCUUCAGAGAACCUGGGAGAUGCUAAAUUCAAUGAUAUCGUUGAUGAAUAUAUCAAUUUACUGAGAACCCAAUUCCUUGAAAUUCGGUUGCCAAAAGAGCAACCGAAAGCGUUUCAAAUUUGGAUCAGAGGUCAAAAGUUCCCGAGCAUGAAAAGCCAAAUUUCGACACGGGUCGCCCACCUGGAGAAACGGUGUCAAGCCCUCCGCAAAGCACUUGCCGAGGCACAACACUCAUCCCGCUCAUCUUUACUCCAAGCAUGUGCAUGCCUCGACCCGACUGUCGUUGAUAUUUGCUUGGAUCAAUGGAAGCUUUCCGUUCUCGAGCAAACUACCCCGCCGGCAAAAGUUGCUCGUCCUCCACGAGCCCCACGGCCAGAAAGGCCCAAGGUGAAUUCAGACGGUGAAGAGACUUUGAGCUCGGAUUCGGAUUCCGUGCAUGACACCGGAGAAGAGGAGGACGAUGAAUCAUCAGACGACUCGGAAGACAGUCUUGCUCUUGCCCUUAUGUCUGAUAUUGAAGAGGGUGAGAUUGCACAGCACAAAGAGGAGCCACGUCCUCGCGCAGCUUAUCAACAUGGACCGUUCCAUGACUCCUCUUCAGAUGAGGACCUCGGUCAUCUUUUCUUCAAAGAAGAGAACUACGAGCCCCCAGCCGCCAAGAGGCGCCGCCUGAAGGAAAAUAGCGCCCCCCAAGAUACUCCAACUUCGCCCCUGAUGCCGAUGACAAUGCUUCCCUUGGACCGGGACGUGGCGUUGCCUUCGAAGGAGGGUGAAGUAGAGGGUCAAAUGGAAGAAAAUACUCAUCCUGUCAACCCGAUGCGCCUCAACACACAUGAGUUCGUGGACUUGACGAGUGACAACGGCAGUGGAACUGAUGAGGCUCUAUGUGUUUUUGACGACGUUUAUUCUAUGAUGUGGAGAACUAUCGAGGAGAGUGGAAACCGACUUCAUCUGGUAGCGAAGGCCCUCACGGGUUUGCCGAAGAAUCGGAUCGAUGGACUUUCCACUUUUCUCGGUUCUUAUAUGUCCUGCCUUUAUCUAGAUUAUGCGCGAGAUGCACUGAAACACAUGUCCGACGAUUCAUCGGUGAUUGAGGGAAUGCAUCCCGAGGAGAGCCAUUCUGCAAUGCUAAUGACUGCCUUGUUCGUGUCGUGGAUUAAUGUCACCCAAGUCCCUUAUGGCGCCUUUACAGCAAAAGAAGUCAAGGCUGCACUUGCGGCGGUCAGAGAGGACCUUGAAGAAGACCACUUUACCCCAUUCUUCAACUGUCUCAAUGACCUUCUCAAGGGAUACAAGAGAUGGGUGACUUUGUCAUCUCGUGUCCAAUCAAACGAACCGAACCCAGGAAAGCGCAAAUUGACUGACGCCAAAAUUAUCCUGACUGGGGCCCAGAAGGAAGGCCAAGAACGGCAUCACAAACAAGCCAAAGCUAAAAGAGCAUUGCUUGCGUCUCGGUUUGCUCAAGGGCAAGCCCACGAGGAAAAUAAAAGUAUUCCAAGGCCGGUUUCUUUCCAAAUUCCCAUGAUAUGCCUGGACCCCUACAUCGCGCAAUAUGUCAAAUCCUACCAGCUCUCUGGAAUUCAGUUUAUGUUCCGAGAAAUCAUCGAGAAUAAGAGAGAAGAAGGGUGUUUGCUAGCCCACACUAUGGGGUUGGGCAAGACUAUGCAAGUGAUAUCACUUCUUGUGACUAUCUCUAAUGCUGGCGUAUCACAAGAUCUAUCCAUUCGAGAUCAAAUUCCUGAACAGUUGCGAAAGUCAAAAACUCUGCUCCUCUGCCCAGCAUCUCUGAUUCAAAACUGGUGCGACGAGUUUGAAAUGUGGACCCCCCCGAACCACAAUCUUGGGAAGGUUCGGUCAAUUACGGUAAAAACCCCGACCCUUGACCGAACCAAAGAAAUUUGUGAGUGGAACGAUGAGGGUGGUAUACUGAUCCUCAGCUACCACAUCUUCCGCGAUCUUGUCAAAGACAAAGCAGAAAAGAACAAGGACGGAGCACAGCGAUCGGUCAACGAAAAUGUCAAGAAUUUGGUGUUGAACAGCCCAACUCUUGUUGUGGUCGACGAAGCUCAGAAUAUACGCAACCAUGAAAGCCAGAUUGCCGAGGCAGCCUCCCGCUUGCGCACCCGGAAACGGAUUGCCCUCACUGGCACUCCGAUAUCCAAUGGUUUGGAAGAUUACUAUUGGAUGGUUGAUUGGGUUGCUCCCCAAUACCUAGGAGACUUUGCCGAUUUCAAUGAUCAAUUCAUCAAACCAAUCGAAAAUGGCUCGCAGAUUGAAAGCACCAAGUUUGACCGAAGAGAGGCGCUCCAACGCCAGGAGCUGUUCCUUCGCAUCAUUGCCCCCAAGGUACAGCGAGCGGACACGUCCGUACUGGCAAGUGACUUGCCACCAAAGUACGAGUUCUCUGUUUACUUCGAGCCCACAAACCUCCAAAAAGCCGUCUACAACAUCUUGAUUCAAGGUGUAGCACUAAAAACCGAAGCCGGUGUCCGCCAGGAGCUUAUGUCUUGGCUGCCUCUUCUCAAGCUUUGCUGCAAUCACCCGGCCCUUUUCAAGGCAGAACUGGAAUCCCGAAGGACCAAACAUGCAUCCAGCAAACAAAAAAGUCCUAGCAGUGAUCUUCCCGGUGCUAACAUCGGCUUCAAUAUGCCCGUCGAACAGCAAAUCAUUCCAAGGUCAAUGUUAUCUGAACUUGAUGAUGUGUUCAAGGAAGUUCCUAACUUGCUGGAUCCCAGCCUAUCUAGCCGAGUGGUGAUUCUCAAUGAGAUUCUCAAUCAGGCGAUCACAGUCGGAGACAAGAUCCUGGUCUUUUCAACCAGUAUUCCAACACUGAGGUAUCUGGCGGAAGUGAUGGACGCAACACAGAGAAAGUAUUCACUCCUUCAUGGCAAUGUGCCCGCGGCUCAGCGUCCCGAGGUAGUUCGGAGAUUCAACAACGAUCCAUCGACCUCCGUCUUUCUCAUUUCAACCAAAGCUGGUGGCCUUGGCUUGAACAUUCAGUCCGCAAACCGAGUUGUCAUUUUCGAUUUUCAGUUCAACCCUACAUGGGAACAGCAGGCAAUCGGACGCGCCUAUCGAAUUGGACAAGAGAAGAAAGUCUUUGUUUACCGAAUGGUCGCUGCUGGAACGGUCGAAGAGAAGAUCUAUAGUAAGACGAUCUUUAAGAGUCAGCUUGCUGGCCGUGUUCUCGAUAAUGAGCGUGUUGCUCGUAUGGGCUCUAAGGCGCUACAACAGUGUCUGGCUCCCUGGAAAGAGAGCGACCACAAAGGUGGGAUUCAUGAAACUGCAUUCGCAACGGAUCCCCAGAUGAUGGGAAGGCUGAGGGCUGUAUGUGGUAAAUCAAUCGUGAACGCCAAACUCUGCAUUGAGGAAAUUGACCCAGAAGACCGGUUGACUGAUCAAGAGAAACAAUCCGUUGAGGAUCAAUUGAGACUGAGACGUCUACAUCUUGAAUCCCUGGGAUUGUAA